ACUCCGUCAAAGCAACACAGUGGAAAUGUCGCAUGUAAAUUGACUGGGCGGGGAAGAGCAAAUAUUCAACUCUGCAUGCAGAGAUGACUGACUGCUCCGGCAGAUACGCAUGGCGUAGCGCUCUGAGCGUGUCUGAGGAGAGGACAGGCUGCAGCACGCUGCCGUUACCUAACAAACCGAGCCCCACCACGCUGCAUUCCUGCAGAGGCCAGCGAGGCACAGACAGCUACAGCCCUCCGCACGAUAGUUAUAGUUAUGGCACAGGAGGUGAAAAAGAUCCCUGCAGUGCAGAUGUUGGAUGGAGUCUUGUCUGAUGGCACAGCUCCCCCUGCUGGCCACAUCCCAGACCGGCAGCCCAGCCCCCACCGCUUGCCCCCACAGGAGCUGACAACGGAUGAGGCCACCCUGCCUUACCCACGCUCCCCCAGGACACCCCGAAAAACCAGCCGUCCAGCAACACUGUCCAAGGAAGCACUGUCUAGACACUUGGAAGACCUGCAGGAGGAAAGAUCCAGAACAGAGGCUCAUUUACAGUCUCUAAAGAAAAGGAGUGAUGUCUUAUCGAGGAACGCGGAGGCCAUGAAGCAGGAGAUCGGCGAGCAGUUCGAGACCAUGCAGCAGGCCCUGCAGAAGGAGGAGCAGGCGGCCGUAGACUGGGUGGAACAGGACCGCAGGGCGGCCAGCAGUCAGCUCAACCGGGUCCUGAAGGACUGGACCCAGCACCUCAGCCAGGUCCAGAAGAACAUCGCCUGCGCAAAGAGGGCCCUGGAGCAGGCCGGGACAGAGGGAACUCAGGAGUACACUGGGGAUCUAAGCUGUCAGAAGAAGGAGGACGCGGCACAGGAGGGGAUCAAGCUGAGCGAAGGCAGAUUUCAGAGGCUGCUGAAAACGCUGCGCAACAUUUCAAAGGACCUCCAAGCGCAGCUGCAGCGGAAGAACUUCCUGCUGGGUAAUCCUUUCAGCAUUCCUUUAAUCAUCCGGAUGAAGCCGAUGGACAGCCCUUUCGUGCCCGCAUUUACUGGCAUCAUCAUCAUCAUCAUCAUCAUCGCUGUACAUAAUGCACAGUGGCGCUGUUGUCUGAACGGCUCUGACCCGUGCUUUUUCGUUUCAGACUCCACGGCGGUGCGGAUAGACAGGCUGGCCUCCAACAGACACAUCGCAGUCGGGCGGGACUGCAGGCUGAUGUACUUCACCGGCGAGCCUCAGGCCGCGCCGGAGCUCCCCCUGCAGUUCGACAAGGUGUGCUGCGCCCUGAGCUCGGUCGGCAUGGCGACUGGGAGGCACUACUGGGAGGUGGACGUGGGCUGCUGCUCGGCGUGGGCGGUGGGCGCCGCCUACGGGUGCAUCAAGCGCAAGGGCGCGGAGAAGGGCGCCAAGCUGGGCCGCAACCGCCACUCGUGGUGCCUGGAGCAGCGCGACGGGCGCCUCUCCGCCUGGCACAACGACCACCACCUGGCCUGCCAGGUCCGGGGGCACAGGCCACUGCGAAAGGUGGGCAUCCUGCUGGACUACCAGAAGGGCCGCCUGGCCUUCUACGACGCCCGCACCAUGAAGCUGCUGCAGGAGUUCUCCGCCGUCCUCACGUCAGUUUUCGACAGGGUGCACCACCAGUUCAUGGAGCCCGUUUUCCCGGCCUUCCGCUUCUUCAAGCCCGACAGCGGGCAGCUCGGGCCCGAUCACAUGGAGAUCUGCGACUUGCACCUUUAAAGUCACCCUGCAACCAGAAUGGCUACUAGCAUGCUCUGCGCCUGGCAUACCGAUGGCAUGUAUAGUAAAAAAAAAAAUAGGCCAAACACAUUGAACUGGCAAAACUAGCAGGGCACAACUCUUCUUCCAACAGAGUGGAUUAAAGGUUAUAUUUCAAAUACAUUUUUAAAAAUAUAUAUAUAUUUCAGUUAGGCGGGAGUGAAUUAACCUUGUCUAUAUUAUGUAAAUACGCACAAAUAUUCCACCUUGGGUUUGAGCAACAAAAAAAAACCCAAUAAUUUUACUGUUUUUACCACGGUUCAAUGACACAGGGUCUUCAAAGUGUCGGAAGAGCAGUUCUAAAUUCCACAUUAUGAAGCAAAGCAAACCUACAGUAUGUUAUGCUCACUUCAAGAAAUUAGGUAACUAUAACUGUUGUUACUGUAUUAACUAUAACUUAUUAUUAUAAAUACUAUAAUGCUACUACUGUACCAUGGUGAUGACAAUAUCAACGAAGGCAAGCGAUCAUCUGAGGUAUAAAACCAGGGGUGAUUCAGAAUGAAAACUGUUUUGCUACAUUUGUCUUUCCAGCUAGACUGCCACGUAUGCAACAAAUCUUUGAAAUAUGCUUGCUUCCCUUUGGGUGGCAUGCCAAGGGUGUAACCAGAAGCAGAGAACGUUGCAUUUAUUCAUGUUACAUCAAGCAAGUUCGUCCUAUCAGUAGCCGUAGUAACAGUGCUCUGCAGUCAAGACAUGGCAUACAGACAGUCUGGAGAAUUUUGCUCUGAAUGCAGUGUUUGUGCGUGUGUAUGUAUGUGUGCAUGAGCGAAAAACACACCU